AUCAGUUUUCGUUAUACAUGUUUGAUGGACACAGAGCAGCACAUGUUUGAGCCUCAUCUCUGUGAUGACAACAUUAAUAUAAAACAGAAACAGUCAUUUAUUUCUAACAAAAUAGCGCUGACUGCUUUCAGCUGGUUCUAUAUUAUCUUCACACAGAUCAAGUGGUUGCAGCAGUUUGAACUUAUUACUGUGAUCUUAACGUCGGCAGCUUUCAGGCAGAUCCUAUGCUUUAUUUGUACAUCUAGACUUAAUGUGAAUGCAUGUGAUAAACAGGAGGUGGUAACUUUAGUUAGGGACCUUCAAAUGAAUAAUGUUGUCAGCUCUUGCAAGAAUCUGAUUGACAGCUCUCCAUUUGUUGCUGGAAUGGCCCAGGAGGGCUCCCAGAUCCCCCCUCAAAUUUAUAGCAAUGCUGACAGAGAACUUGAUCUGUCAACCAAGAUUUGCCCUGGAGAAGGGAAUAAACCCUAUCUGGUGAAAGCUGAGAAUACAAUGGCAAAACGGUAUUUGAAAACAAGAGAACAAACAUUUUAUGAAGAUGGUAAAGGAAUUACUGGAAUGGGAGGAGAUGCAAAUGACUCUGACUCAGAUGAUCAAGGCUCUUAUAACCAGGAGCAAAUCAUUGUUGAACUGAACCUUAAUAAUCAGACUUUACAUGUGUCCAAAGGGACAGAAGGUGUAGCUUCACAUUCUGAAAAAUCAGCCAUGGUUGAUUCAAGUGAUGCAGAAAAUGAAGGGGGUGAUGAUGAUGAGGAUGAUGUUGACGUAGAAGAUGGUGGACAUGAUGAAGAAGUAGAAGAUAUCAAACAAGGCAAACCUAAGGAAAUAACCAGAUUGAAAGCAAUAAAAACAACUUUUUUAAGAGAAAGUACAAAGAUUCAGCUGCCUGAACAGAGAAAGAAAAAAAAUAAGGUUUCUGGACCUCCAACACAGAAAGAAAAGCAGAUUGAAGAAAAGCAGAAUCUCACCUGUGAAAAAUGUCCCAGAGUCUUCAAUAAUCGUUGGUAUCUUGAAAAACACAUGACUGUGACUCACAGUCGAAUGCAGAUAUGUGAUAAGUGUGGAAAAAAAUUUGUGUUGGAAAGUGAACUUGUUCUUCACCAGCAAACUGAGUGUGAAAAGAAUAUUCAGUGUGUUUCCUGUGGAAAAUGUUUCAAGAAACUGUGGUCUCUGCAUGAACAUAUCAAAGUUGUCCAUGGCUUUGCUGAAAAGAAAUUCUCCUGUGAGAUUUGUGAGAAGAAGUUCUACACAAUGGCUCAUGUUCGAAAACACAUGGUUGCACAUACAAAGGACAUGCCAUUCACCUGUGAAACAUGUGGAAAGUCUUUCAAACGCAGUAUGUCUUUGAAGGUCCAUUCUCUUCAACAUUCAGGAGAAAAACCUUUCAAAUGCGAGAACUGUGAUGAACGAUUUCAAUACAAGUAUCAACUUCGUUCUCAUAUGAGUAUUCAUAUUGGUCAUAAACAAUUUAUGUGCCAGUGGUGUGGCAAGGAUUUUAAUAUGAAACAGUAUUUUGAUGAGCAUAUGAAGACUCACACUGGUGAAAAACCAUUUAUCUGUGAAAUCUGCGGAAAAAGUUUCACAAGCAGACCAAACAUGAAGCGUCAUCGCAGAACUCAUACCGGAGAGAAACCGUACCCUUGUGAUGUCUGUGGCCAACGAUUCCGAUUCUCCAACAUGUUGAAGGCUCACAAAGAGAAGUGUUUCCGAGUCACCAGCCCUAUUAACUUCCCGACCAAUGCUAUCAUUGCUUCUGUUGCCAUCACAACUACUUCCUCACCUCCACCAGUCACCAUAAGCUCUCUCAGUUCACUUCCUCUGCGGCCAAUGCCCCAUCCACUUUCUCAUCUGCAUCUCCAUCACCAUACACACCUUCCAACCAUUGCACACCUUCCACCACCACCAGCCCUUUUCAGUGCUGAAGCAGUGAAUCACAGAUGUCAAAGUGAGAGCACUUUUCUGCACCAUAUUUCUGAGAAAAACACUGCAACAGGUGGAAGCCACCAUCACUGAGAAUUGUUUUAACUUUCCAUUCAGCUGCGCCAAAGUUUGGGUGAUUUCCUGUUAAUUGUGCACUAAGCUGCAAAACAAAGACGGAGUAAUUAAAGUGAACUACAAAGAUUAUUUUUAUUAAAUUUUGAUGUACUUAUUGAAGAUGAGCCUAUUGAAGACUAGCCCAUUGAACAGCAAUUCAAAUUUUGUUAAUUUCAUUAUUUAAGAUAACUAAGCUGUCUCUGUACAGUGAACCAAGGUUUUAACCUGUUAAAUUUAGAUAUAACCAGUUUUGGCACUUCAUAUCUGUUGUUAAUAUAUGUUUUUUUAUUAAUCUUGGAUUAUAUUAUUUGAAUUAAGAAAGUAUGCUUAUUCUUUUGCAUUGAUUAAAUAUUGUGGGAAAUUUUAAUCCUUUAAAUUAAAUAAUGGCAUCUCUUGUGAGAUUCAAGAGAAUAUGCUGCAAUGAUUUUUGAAGCUAACAAUUAACACUAGGCUAUGUCUAGCCUAACCUAUCCAUAUGAAGCAUUAUUGAAAAGUUCUGUUAAUACUUUUACUAAAAAUAAAUGUUUCUAUAUGUCUAUGUAGAAAAUCUAGAAGCAGUUCUAAAAUACAAAUGUUUGUCAUUAUGCAUUUUAUUGAUAUUUUUGUUCCUGUUGCUGUUGUAUACAUGAAGUUCAAUUUUACUGAUACUGUAUUUAGCAUAUUUAUUCCAAAAAUGUCAGUUUAAAAAGUUGAUAUAUUUUGCAGGUAAGCCAUAUUUUUAAAACCAGACAGAUGAUGUUCAAUCUUGGAACUUAUCCGGACAGACGUAUUUCUUUGCAUUAUCAAAAAUUCAUUGGUACAAAUUGCAAAACAAAUUGAGGUGGAAAGAUACUUUGGAGAUAAAUUCAGUGUCAUUAGUAUUUGCAAACUGAUCUAUUUUAUGUACACUCCUUGUUCCAAACACAGCGUACUGUAUUUAUGUUUCAUUGAGCAAUAGAGAGACCAUGUUACGUUCAUUGGCUCUAUUUAGUUUUCAUGAGGAAAUUCAGGUUAAUUACCAGUUUUAAACAAUGCAUGAUAUCUGUUAACAUCACAAGUUUAGGAAUUCAUGAGUUCUUUAUAAAUGGAUAUAAUUGUGCUUUCAAAUGAAUGUGGGCAAUAACUCUGAUUGAACCACACAACUUUAGUUUUUUGCCGAUUAUAUAUCAUACCAGCUCCAUUUCUUCAAAAUCAAUUUACUUCUUUUUACCCAUUUAAUGAACUACAUCUCAUUUCUAACAAGAUUAGAAUGAUGCAGCUGGUAGAGCUAACAAUUUCAGCUUCAGUGACCCAGGUUCAAUCCUGACUUCAGUUGUUGUCUGUCUGAAGUUUACCCAUUCACUCUGAGUCCACAUAUGCUCCUGUUACAGUGCGCCUGUUCACCUCCACAUCCCAAAAACAUGCAGGUUGGUGGGUUACUUGAUCAUUGUAAUUCUCCCUUGGUGUGCAGGUGAGUGGUUGAAUCUGGAAGGAGUUGAUAAGACUGUGGGGAGAAUAAAAUGGAAUUAGUGUAGGAUUAAUACAAUUGGGUGUUUUGUGUUUAGCAUGUACUCAAUGCGCUAAAGGGCCAUUUCCAAGACUGCCCUUGGUGAUGAAAGUAAGUACAACUACCUUAUGCUUUUUUUGCUCUUUAUUUUCAGUGUCAGGGUGUAGCCUGAUCUUAAUUGCCUUUGAGAAAGGAGAAGUGAGUCGCUGCCUCACUCUCCACUUGCCUGGAUGUAUGCUUCCGAUUUGUGUCUUAGAUGGUGGAAAGACCUUGUGUUAUCAGGAGAUGAGGUCUUCACAGCAGGAUAUGCAGUCUCUGACCUGCUCAGUGGUCAUGAUAUUUAUGUGGCUGGCCCAGUUGAGUUUCUAAUGACAUUCAGGAUAGUAAUGGAUGUUUGACUUUGUGAUAGUAAUACUAUUGAAUGUCAGGGGUAAGUGGUUUGAUCCCCUUUUCCUGAUACUACAGUAGGUCAUUCUAUUUACACACUACGUCAGCCUGUACCUGAAUGUCAUCAGAGUCUUGCUGCAAAUAGGCAGGGUUUGUUGAGGAAAUAGGAAAUAGAAUUGAUCAUUGUGCAAUCAUAAUCAAACAGGCCCAUUUCUGACAAAGGGGAAGUCUUUUAGGACCGAGAUUAGGAAAAACUUCUUCACACUGAGAGUGGUGAAUCUGUGGAAUUCUCUGCCACAGGAAACAGUUGAGGCCAGUUCAUUGGCUAUAUUUAAGAGGGAGUUAGAUAUGGUCCUUGUGGCUAAAGAGAUCAGGGGGUGUGGAAGGAAGGCUGGUACAGGGUUCUGAGUUGGAUGAUCAGCCAUGAUCAUACUGAAUGGUGGUGCAGGCUCAAAGGGCCGAAUGGCCUACUCCUGCACCUAUUUUCUAUGUUUCUAUGAUAGAAGUAAGAACAUUGAUGAAGCUGCAGACAAUAUUCUGGCCCAGCGUCAACAUGAAAAACUCUUGCAGUCAUAUUCUGACUGGAAUUGAUUGACCUCUGACAACCACAACCAUAUUUGUCCAUUGGAAUAUUUUCCCAUUGACUUCAGUUUUACAAAAGAGCCUUGAUGCUACAUUUAGUCAAAUGUUUCCUCCAAGUCAAGCAACAUUUAGCUGACCUAGAAUUUCAUUUCUUUGGGCCAUGGUUGGACAAAGGUUGUAAUGAGAUAUGGAGCUGAGUGAUCCUGACACAAUCUAAACAGUGAACAGGUUAAAUGCACUUGAUAGCUUUGUCAACAAUAACUUCUGUUAUUUUGA